UGUGAUUUUAGAUAAAGAGAAAAUGUAUUUAUUUUCUACAUGCAUGAAUUGAUAUUGUUGUCAUUUCAUAGUUUGAUAGCUUUCAUUUUGUUGUAAUUUCGUGUAUUGGCAACUAUAAAAAAGUGUAAUUAAUUUUUGUUUUUUUUUAAUCUAUUAGUUAUAAAUAAAUUUCCAAUAAUAUAUUUAAUGCAUCAGAACAAUUUAUUUUAAAUCAACAGGAAAAAUAUGCUUUCAUUGGAACGAAUUCCAGAUCAAAUUGGGCAUUUGAUUUUGACAGAGGAUGGUGCAGUGUUAACGUCUGGAGGUGAACUGGAAAAUGAUGAAAAAUUUGCAAAUAUUAUUGUAGGUUUAGUUACAUUAACUAAUAAAAUUGAUCCAAAAGCAUUUCCUAACAAUGAAGUUUUUGAUAAAAUAUCAAUAACAUAUCCAGAUCAUUGUUAUAUUAUCUGUCUUUCAAAUAAAAAGAUUCAUGUAGUGAAAAAAAGAUUGGUAUCCUCAACAACUGCAAUUGUUGAGCAACCUCUUAUCGAUGUAUAAAUAUUAUUUGUUUAUACAAGAAUAAAAUUAAAAUAUUAAGCAAUUUUUAUUAAAUAUAAUGAAUAUAAAUUUAAAAACUUAAGUGUAAAAAAAAAAUUUAAGUGUAAUAAUAAAAAUGUAAAAUAAACUUUUAAAUCCAUUAUAAACAAA